GAGCCAGCCACGCUUUUCGUGGGCAGAUUGUCCUGGAACGUCGACGACGACUGGUUGAGAAGAGAGUUCGAGCCCUCGGGAGGAGUGGUUUCCGCCAGGGUCAUGAUGGAGCGUGCCACCGGCAAGUCACGUGGCUACGGCUACGUCGACUUCGACUCCUUGUCCGCGGCCCAGAAGGCCUUGAAGGAUUUCCAGGGCUACGAGAUCGACGGCAGACCCGUCAACUUGGACUUGUCCACCGGCAAGCCCAAGCCUUCCAACCCGCUGAACGACCGUGCCAAGAAGUUUGGUGACGUGCCCUCUGCGCCUUCCGACACCUUGUUUGUUGGCAACUUGUCGUUCAACGCCGAGAGAGACACCUUGUUCGAGCUCUUUGGCCAGCACGGAACCGUGGUGUCGUGCAGAUUGCCCACGCAUCCAGACACCCAGCAACCCAAGGGGUUCGGCUACGUGCAGUUUGCGUCUGUCGACGAGGCCCAGGCCGCGUUCACUGCCAUGAACGGUGAGUACAUCGAGGGCAGAGCCUGCAGAUUGGACUACUCCACGCCCAGAGAAAACAACAACGGCGGAGGUGCCCGUGGUGGCAGAGGUGGUUUCCGCGGAGGCCGUGGAGACUUUGGUGGCCGUGGCGGCCGUGGCGGUUUUGGAGGCCGUGAGAGAUCGUCGCCUGCCCCUAGAACCGGUGCCAACAACGCCGAGUUCAAGGGCGUCAAGAAGACCUUCGACUAG